AUGAGAAAUGUCACCUCAACCUCGAGAAAUGCAGAGAAGUUCCUGCCCAAGUUAUUGGAUCGUCUGGGAAAAGCCAAAGCCAAGGCCAUUGCACACAUAAAGCCAGAACGUCUAGUUGACAAGUUGUUCUUGGGAGAUGAUGAGACCAAUCCUUUCAACAGCCUGGAGGCAAUCACCGACCAAAUAAAAGCCUCAAUCUCUUUAGUGAAGUUACCUAGUUACCCUGAACGCAGUUUAGAGUUUACGCAUCAGUCUCAGCCGGAGUCGAGUCUAACAGCAGCUAAGAAGCUAUCAGAAGAGUUGUCACAAAUGGGCUUGGAGAAAGGAAUUUACGAAAGCCGUACGAUGGCUAAUCUGAGGAGGAGUUACGAACAUCUUAAGGGCACCGAGUUGAGGCUCUGCUUCCUCUCUUUCUCAAUCUUCCCUGAGGAGUCGGUGAUAAAGAAAAGGCCUCUAAUUUACUGGUGGAUUGGGGAGGGCUUCAUCACGGCCACCCAAGAUAAGACAGCCGAAGAGUUAGGGGAAGAAAUCUUUGGCAAACUCAUGAAACAGGGCUUGAUUCAACCACAUGGAAAUGUUCAUUUAUCCACUAGUUGCACGCUGCACCCUUGGAUUCGUUGUAUGCUGAUAGGCUUGGCCAGAGACGCCCAACUCUUCAACUUUGAUUCAGACUGGCUGUGGAUGCCAUCUUGUAAAGCCAACUAUCUUAGCUUCAAACGUGAAUGGCUUAGGAAGUUGAAGAAAGUUGUUGUUCUUCAGCUGGGACGGUGGCAGAGCUCACCCACGCAUCACAUUGAAGCGGAUGAUGAAGGAGUAUUUUUGAAAGGUAUUGGGGCUCAGCACUACUUGAGCUUCAACCAUGAAAUUCUGGAUCUGAGAGCAUGCCACAAUUUAGAGACAUUGCCUUCGGAUAUCUCAUCGUUGAGGAAGCUCACUCAUUUGGAUAUAUCAGAGUGUUACUUGCUAGAAGGCAUGCCAAAAGGGAUUGGCAAACUCUCUUCCCUCCAAGUACUUAUUCUCAUAGCGAAUUUGAAAAAUACUCCCUUAAGACUCGGUGAUCUUGCCAAGAUGAAGAAACUAAGGCGGCAAAGUAUAUACAUAAGGAUUGAGGCUGUAAUGCAGGACAAGGAGUUUGAAAAUUUGAAGGAAAUUUCAUCUCUUCGUCGCCUCAAAAUAUCAUGGGCAGUGGUUUCUUCAGAGUUGAAAGAAAAGAUUUCCCUCCAGUCCCGGCAUUUCUCGUUCCCACCGGAUUUAGAAAAAUUGGAUCUUCAAGGCAUCCCUCUGAAAGAAAUACCAUCAUGGCUGAACCCGAGGCAACUGAAAAAUUUAAAGAAGCUCUAUAUAAGAGGCGGGGAACUUGAUAGCUUGCAACAUGCAUGGGAAGAGACUGUCACUGAGUGUAAGUUGAGGGUGGAAAUCUUACGUCUGAAGUACUUGAGUAAUAUGACAAUAGAAUUUAUAAAGGUGAGGGAUCAAUUUCCUCAUCUGUUCUACUGGGAGAUUAAAAAGAACAGAUAUAAGGAAGGCAUAUUUUGGAGGAAAUCUUUGUGA